AUGACUUCCAAGUUAUUAUAUGCUUUUGCCUCGGCACUUUUCAUAAGUAAACUUGUCAUUGUACAAGCAAUUCGCGAGAUCGAUGCGGAUUUUGCCGACCCCUGCGUUAUCCAAGUCGGCGAUGGCUACUACGCGUUUGCUACGCGUUUGCUACGGGAGCUUAUGUCUGGCACCGACGCGAUGCCUAGGCCCUUCCCGGCAUGGGUUGCUGGGGCGCCAGCUAUCUGGGCCCCCGGUGUCAUUCAAGGUGAUAACGGUACGUUUGUGAUGUACUUCUCCGCCUCUUCUAGUCAGGAUGCAAGCAAGCACUGUAUCGGGGCUGCUACCUCGUCCAGCAUUACUGGACCGUACACUCUCGAGCGAAACCCACAUGCUUGCCCUCUUGACCAGGACGGUGCGAUCGACGCCAAUGGCUACAAGGAUGGAGAUACCUACUAUGUUGUGUACAAGGUGGAUGGCAACAGCCUUGAUGGUGACGGUACGACCCACUCAACUCCCAUCAUGCUGCAUGGCCUAAACUCAGAUGCUAUCUCCCCUAAUGGUGGCGCGACGUAA